GCGCUGAACCCCAUUUCAGUCAUUUGAAAUUUACCAUGCAAAUAAAAAAGAGUGGUCUAACAACUUCAAAAAAAGGGUGAAUUAUCUCCCCCUGUAGAACUCUCUAGAACACAUUAAUUCCGGCGUCAAGAUGAUGCAACCACCAAUUAUUCUGUUAAAAGAGGGCACAGAUACAUCCCAGGGUACCCCUCAAAUUAUCAGCAAUGUCAAUGCCUGUCAAGCCAUUGCAGAUGCUGUGCGAACUACACUGGGUCCAAGAGGAAUGGAUAAACUUAUUGUUGAAACCGGAGGAAAAGCAACUAUAUCAAAUGAUGGGGCAACCAUAUUGAAGACUUUAGAUAUUGUGCACCCAGCAGCUAAAACAUUAGUUGAUAUUGCCAAGUCUCAAGAUGCUGAAGUUGGUGAUGGUACGACUAGUGUUGUUCUUUUAGCCGGUGAAUUCCUGAAAGAAGCAAAACCCUACAUAGAGGAACAUGUUCAUCCACAAAUCAUCAUUAGAGCAUUUAGAAAAGCAGGAUGUUUGAUGGUCCAGAAAAUAAAAGAAAUAUCGGUCAAGAUUAAAAAAGAUGACCCAAAUGAACUUCGAGUAUUAUUGGAAAAUUGUGCCGCUACAUCAUUAAGUUCUAAAUUGGUUGCUGCACAAAAAGAUUUCUUCUCUAAAAUGGUUGUUGAUGCCGUUAUGAUUCUAGAUGAAUUAUUGCCGUUAAAUAUGAUAGGCAUCAAAAAGGUACAAGGAGGAGCAUUAGAGGAUUCUAUGUUGGUAGAUGGUGUUGCAUUUAAAAAGACGUUUAGUUAUGCUGGAUUUGAAAUGCAGUCUAAAAAAUAUAGUAAUCCUAAGAUAGCUUUAUUAAAUAUUGAAUUAGAAUUGAAAGCUGAAAAAGAAAAUGCAGAAGUUAGAGUAAAUACUGUCCAAGAGUACCAAUCUAUAGUAGAUGCAGAAUGGACAAUAUUAUAUGAUAAAUUAGAUACUCUAUAUAAAAGUGGUGCCAAGGUGGUUUUAUCUAAAUUACCUAUAGGAGAUGUUGCUACACAAUAUUUUGCAGACAGAGAUAUGUUUUGUGCUGGUCGUGUACCAGAUGAAGAUUUAAGGAGAACAAUGAAAGCUUGUGGUGGUUCUAUACAGACAACAGUACAAGGUUUAAGUGCAGGUUCUUUAGGUACAGCUGACCUAUUUGAGGAAGUUCAAGUUGGUGGUGAAAGAUAUAAUGUGUUUAAAGGAUGUCCACAAGCUAAAACAUGUACUAUUAUAUUACGUGGUGGAGCUGAACAAUUUAUGGAAGAAACAGAAAGAUCUCUACAUGAUGCUAUUAUGAUUGUCAGACGAGCUAUGAAAAAUGAUGCAGUUGUAGCAGGUGGUGGAGCUAUUGAAAUGGAACUAAGUAGAUAUUUACGAGAUCUGUCUCAAACCAUAGCCGGAAAAGAACAACUCUUAAUUACAGCCCUUGGCAAAGCUUUAGAGGUUAUACCCAGACAACUUUGUGAUAAUGCAGGUUUUGAUGCUACAAAUAUUCUCAAUAAAUUACGACAGAAACAUGCUGAAGGAGGAACAUGGUUUGGUGUUAAUAUUAUGACUGAAGACAUCUGUGAUAAUUUUCAAGCUUUUGUAUGGGAACCAUCUGUAGUAAAGAUCAAUGCUAUAACUGCUGCUAUAGAAUCGACAUGUUUAAUAUUAUCAGUAGAUGAAACUAUACGCAAUCCUAGAGCAGAAGGGGGUGGUGGACCACCGGGUGCAGGUAGAGGCCGUGGACGAGGUCGACCUAUGUAGUAAACUGAAAUAAAGUUAUUUGAAUGUGAAAGUUUUGUCUUGAAAAUGAUAGGUUUCAGAUUGGGUUAACUCCCCCUGAAAUUGUUCAUUUCACAAGUGACUGUCAUAAUUCAAAGUUUAUUUAUCUAUCAUGUCCAUAUAUAUAUAUCAAUACGAUCUGUAAAUAUAUUUAAUAUUUCUGCUUCAUGAGUGCUAUUUCUAUCAGUUUUGUAUAUCAUUGUCACAUAAUAAAAUUUAAAAUGAUU